CAGUACUGUAGAUUUCAUUCUUCAUUUUCUCUUUUCACUUCACUGGACCAGAGAUACUACGGAGAUGCAGUGGUGCAGGACGUCUCUCUUUUCCAGGUAUACACAGUCCGCAGGGCGAGAGGACGAGGAGUGCUGUGAUUUUCUGUUCAAGAUCAUCCUGAUUGGAGACAGUAAUGUGGGGAAGACCUGUGUCAUCCAGAGCUUUAGGUCGGCAGAGGUCACUGAACUGCAGCACAACACUAUUGGAGUGGAUUUCACCGUGCGCAGCGUCGAUGUUGACGGCAGGAGAGUCAAGAUGCAGGUGUGGGACACGGCGGGACAGGAGCGUUUCCGCACCAUCACUCAGAGUUAUUACCGCAGUGCUCACGGUGCUAUGAUUGCGUAUGAUCUGAGCCGCCGCGACACUUUCGACUCUCUGCCGCACUGGAUUCAGGCGCUGGAGCAGUACGGAGCUGCCAGCCUCGUCCUCGUACUCAUCGGUAAUAAGUGUGAUCUGGAGGCGCAGCGGCAGGUGCUGUUCGAGGACGCCUGUACGCUAGCGGAGCGCAGCGGGGCUCUGGCUGCUCUAGAAACCUCCGCCAAACACCAUCACAACAUCGAGGAGGCUUUCCAACUGAUGGCCAGAGAACUCAUAGUGCGACACGGAGGAAUACAUUAUCAGGACAACCAAUCAGAUUCACCCACCGUCUACCUGCACUCGGACUCUCAUCCAAUAGGAGGAGAACAGUUGGAGAAGAGGUCAUGUGACUGCUAACAACCAAUUAGAUUCGCCUGUCAUCCUGCUCUCCGACUCUCAUCCGAUAGGAGAAAGGAUAAAUACAAAAACAGGUCGAGGUCAUUUGACUGCUAACAACCAAUCAGAUUCAUCCACUGUCAACCUGCACUCUGACUUUCAUCCAGUAGGAGGAGGAGAAAUAUGAAGAGAUCAUGUGACUGCUAACAACCAAUGAGAUUCACCCACCGUUUACCUGCACUCCGACUUUUAUCCAAUACGAAGAGAACAGAUGAAGAGGUCCUUGACUGUUAACAACUAAUCAGAUUCACCUACUGUAUACCUGCGCUCUGACUCUCAUCCAAUAGGAGAACAUAUGAAGAGGUCAUGUGACUGCUAACCAAACAGAUUCACCUACUGUAUACCUGCACUCUCUCAUCCAGUAGGAAAACAGAUGAAAAGGUCAUGUGACUGCUUACAACCAAUCAGAUUCACCCUUACUGUCUACCUGCACUCUGACUCUCAUCCAAUAGGAGAACAGAUGGAGACGAGGUCAUGUGACUGCUAACAACCAAUCAGAUUCACCCUUACUGUCUACCUGCACUCUGACUCUCAUCCAAUAGGAGAACAGAUGGAGACGAGGUCAUGUGACUGGAAACAACCAAUCAGAUUCACCUAGUCAACCUACACUCCGACUCUCAUCCAAUAGGAGAACAUAUGAAGAGGUCAUGUGACUGCUAACAGCCAAUCAGAUUCACCUACUGUAUACCUGCACUCUGACUCUCAUCCAGUAGGAAUACAGACGGUGGUCAUGUGACUGCUAACAACCAAUCAGAUUCACCCUUACUCUCUACCUGCACUCUCUCAUCCAAUAGAACAUAUGAAAAGGUCAAGUGACUGCUAACAACCAAUCAGAUUCACCUUCUGUCAUCCUGCACUCUGACUCUCAUCCAAUUGGAGGAGAACAAUUGGAGAAGAGGUCAUGUGACUGCUAACAACCAAUCAGAUUCACCUACUGUCUACCUGCAGUCCGACGCUCAUCCAAUAGGAAAACAGAUGGAGAAAAGGUCAUGUGACUGCUAACAACCAAUCAGAUUAACUGAUGAAGUAGAGGUCGUGUGACUGCUGUCUAUUUCUGAUUUAGUUAGGUUGUUUUGUUAUUUAAUAAUAAUGAAUUUGAAUAUAACGCUAUGGAAAAAAAAUGAAGAGAUAAGUCAAUUCACCGUUUAGAUUUACUGGAUUUAUUAGCUACAGUUUUAAUAUGCUGUUAUAUUCAGUGCAGGUCUGAGAAUAUUUCUUCAAAAACUGUCAAUUAGACCAGAAAAUUGACCAAAUAGACAAAAAUUGAUCAGAAUACAAAAUAUUUUCAUUUAUUGCACCUGAAAAUCAGGUUUAUUCCACCACAUAUUUAUUAUUUUAUAUUAUUAUUAUUAUUAUUUCAAUCAACUGAAGUUAAAUUAUUGGUGUUAGUCUUAAGAUUAAUAUAAAUAUACAUGUAAACACAGCACCUUUCUUACUUUAUGCCACAAAAAACACUCCAAAAGACGUUUUACUUUAAACUAUUGAUGCCACAUCUUCCAAAUUAAGGCAAAUACUUUUAUAUUUUCACCUAGUCUAUUCAUUUUUCCAUAGCUUUAUGUAUAUGAUGUAGAAAAUAAAUUAUAUAUAAUAUUUAUGACUUAAUAUAUAUUUUCUCGUAUGUAAAUGUGUGUAAAAGUAGAGUAUAACAUUAGCAUUAAUUAACCAUUAAUCUAUUUUAUUGAAAUAAAUAUGGUCAGAACUGUAUAUGAAUGUAAAUUAAAAAAGAAAUACAAGAAAACAAAUGAGCGCAGCGUUUAUUGAAUAAACACUGUAAACAAAUGUCUUUGUGGAGAACAUUUGACACAUUUGUCCUGCAGUAGGUUGUGUGCAGGACAGUAAAAUAAUUAAAACGUAAAGAAAACAGUCAAUAAUGCAAUCCUUGUUGUUUCGUAAAAACAACCAAAGACAUUUAAAGAAGUAGAUAUGAAAUGAAGGGGUUUUGUGUAUGGUAAACCUUCAUAACAAACAAAUGAUAAACAACAUUAACGCAAAAAACAACCGA